GACUUUUCAAGAGAGUUGCGUUCCGCGAACAAGGAAGCGAUCAUGGGUGUUGUCCUUCACUACAGUAUUUUCUUUAUGCUGUACAUGAAUUCUUUAAGAAUUUGCUUCGGCUGUUUGGAUGGUAAGUUCUUCUCUUCCCGGCCUGUUGUUUCAAUCAUAUUUAUCGCUAUUUUCAAAAAUUGGGCGACAAAAUAGUGAGAAAUACAUUUAUCUCUUGAAAGAAGAUUUAAAAAAAAAUUAUAAUUGGCUAGACCGACUUUAAAAUUUGGAAACAAGCUUAGAGUAGCUGCAAAAUUUCUGCGCUAAUAUUCUGCCCAUAAAUAUGACUUUUCUGCGGUUUAAGGUUAAUUUCUCUUCUUUACAGUUAACAGACAUAUGCAAAAAGCACUUCACAUGCAAAAAGUUCCGCAAAAUUAAUUUUCGUGGUUGCAAAAUUGUUUAAGGCUCGUAGGACUCCAAGGACUGUACCUUUCCCGGAUAUAAAGAACCAAAUCUAUUAGCAACGAGGGGAGAAGACGUAAAAAGUUCUAAACAAGCGUUUUCGAAACGCUCUAAAUGAUACAUUUUGGUUGGAGACCGGCUUUUUUCACUGUUAACCUCUCUUACAACUACUAGCGAUUAACCCCAUCUUUCUGGGUUCUGUUUGUUUAUUUAGCCUGUUACGUCUGGUCGCCGGCAAAAUGAUUGCUCUUCAAGAAUCUAGUUACAGAAAAGAAAACAGACUGUGGCUAUUACUAGCGAGAAAAAAAAAAGGCUGCUAACAAUGUCAGUGUGCGAGGAGCUUUCAGUCCCUUUUUAUUUUUUUUCGUUUCUUAUCGUUUUCUUAUUCUUAGCCCAAGAUUCCUUAGUAUCUGUUCUUAUUAUCUUUAUUUUUACUUUGGACCCCUAGUAUACCAUAUUAACACUCUACGUUAAUACGACCCUGUUCCCCUCUUUUACGUUGACGAAUCUUUUUCUGGCUCGAAAAUUUCCUGUCAUUUCCUUAUUCGAAAACCUCGCUCAAUGUGACCACCUUUAAGGAUACCCAGACGUUAUCUUCUUCACAAUUUUACCUGGUUUAUACGAACAACUGAGCAUAAAAUGAUAUUCUCGGUCGGAUGGCAAUUAAGAGAAGCCAGACGCAAUCAAUUUGAAAUUCUGCAUUAAUUUUAUCUUACUGAACAUUGUUACAAGAACGUAAUUGAGCGUCCCAGUUAUAUGUGUAAAAUCCGGCAGAUUAAUAGACUGGUGAAAUUAUACUUUGUAACACAUGUUUUAGAAAGGCUUAGUAUGAUAUGGAUUGUACUAAGAUGAUGGGUCUUUAAAGGCCAACGGUCAUCGUAUUAACGUGAAUUUUAUACCACUCAACUGUCCUUGUUUCCUUUGUGGUCAAUUUAAUAGUUAAGACGUUCACUGAACGCCUUUUUCAGAAUAAAUAUCAAACGUUCUCAUGGACGAAAAACAAGCGAAAUACCAAGCUAAUGGUUAUUUAUUUUUGUCCUCUUUGGGCGUUAGUCAGUGUUAAUUGCCAUCAUAGAAGUUGUCCUUGGAAUUCUUAAAUUCUUUCAUUCGAUAUCAUGCCAUCUAUUUCAACCCAUGUUUUAUUCUAUUUAAUGCAAGAAUUUGCUUAUUCAUUCAUUACAAUCAAUCCAUGAAGCUGCUAACAGACUGACUGAAUAACAUUGCAACCUAAUAAAUGUUGAAUAAGAGGAAAUAAGGGUAAACACAUCCUGCUGCACAUAAUUAACAAAGGGAAAAUUGCUAAGAAACCAAGAAUUCUGUUUGCUUGUCAACGGAACCCCAGCAAUUUUAAUUAACAUACAUAGUAGUUUCAUGAUUAAAGUAAUAUACCAAACAUGAGAGGCAGUGUUUCAUCACCAGAUGAAACACCGAGAAGAGAGUUGAAAAUACGACGCGCAGCGGAGUAUUUUUGACGAACUUCGAGGUGUUUUAUCUGGUGAUGAAACACUGUGUCGAAUGUUUGAUAUUUCUUCUCAAACAAAAUCAUUUUUGAAGGAGAAAUUAAGGAUGCAAAUACUAAGCAGUGUUUCAUCCGAUUUCCAAACACUCAUUAAACAUUAAUUUCCUUUGUAUUUUCUUAAUGAAUUAUUAAUGAGUUUGAGAAUGUCAGAUAAAACAUAGCUUGAAGCUAAGGAGUAUAACCGAAAAUAUAAGUCAUUACGUUCUAUGAACUUCAAUCUUGUUUAUGAAGGACAGUUGCUUUUAAUCGAAGCUCUUUUUACCGCUAGAAGAGGUCAGAAUUGGCCACCUUAUAAGCUCCUGGAAUUGCUAAAUGCAGUUUUUUUUCUCUUUUCAAUUCAGGUAAUUGCCGCGUACUGGCGUUUCCGAGUUAUUUCCUAAUUGCUGACAAAUGUUUGGAGAGCCACACGUUCUUAAUUGUCCAACAUGUCCCGGAUAUGGGUCUUUGUGAACUGCUUUGUUACAACAAACCAAACUGUGUCAGUGUUAAUUACGAGAUACAAAGAGAAAGACGAUGUGAACUGAACAAUUCAACACACCGAGCGCACGAUGAGGACUUUAAAGAGAGGAAAGGCUGCUUAUAUCAUGGAGCAAUUGUAAGUUUUUUGUCUUUUCUUUUCUCGUCUUCUUUUUCUUUCAUUUUCAUCACCUUCAAGGCAAUCAUCAUCCCACUGUCGAAAUCUUCAUCAUCAUCACAAUGGUCACCAUCUUCGUCAUUAGAGCGAGCUUAAGCAACGACGAAGACGACGUGACGAAAACGUCUCUUAAAGAGUGAAUUCACGCUGUAUUAAAAUCUAUCGUUCAUAUUGCACGUCGUUCAAUUGGUCACCAAAUGUUGGUGAGUUUUUCUGGAGUCGCAUUGUAAAGGACUGUAUCUAAGUUAAAAAAAAAUAAUAACAAUAAAAUAAAGAAUCGUUGUCUUGUAUUCACGUCCCGGUAGAAAAGGAGAAUCUAAGAAGUUCAACGUGGUAGUUGUGCAACGAGGGCAGGGAAAUGUACAAAAAACGUGAUCUAGGUGCAAAGUUUUUUUUUUGCUAAUCUUAACCUAUUUAACCUUAUUGCGUUUUCCUUGCCUUUGACGUCGUAGUUGCUUAAGCUCCCUAUUAAUAAUUAUUAUCAUCAGGGUCGUAAUAAUUACCAUUGUCUUAUCAUCAUCAUCAUCAUCUUGUAGUUUGUAGUUGACGCUCUAUCAAGACGGUUUAACGUAACUUCUUCUCUCACAAUUCAAACCUGAUUUUUGUUCUAUCAAAGAGUGCGUGUGAUACUCCUCGUUGCCAAAACAACGGUACCUGUCAGUCUGGAUUCACAGAGAAAAAAUAUCGGUGUUUGUGUCCUUCUGGUUUCACUGGUGCACAAUGUGAACAUGGUAAGUUGUUCUUGAAAAAAACUUUCCUUUUAUGCAAAUAAUCAAAGGUUCGUAAAUCGUAAUCAAGCUCGGGCUGUCCUUUGUCAUUUCCUACGACAGUGUAUAAAACGUUUGCGUAGCGAACAUUUUAGGGUUUUGCUAGCCUCUUGUUUCAAUUAGUCUAUUAACUGUCAUACAAUUUCAAAUGCUAGUUCCUCAAAUUUUUACUUUUUGUGUUCGUAAUCUUUUGUGUUUCUUGGUUAUUCGAGUUGAGUAAUAUUAGAGCUUGUUGUUGAAUAGAAGCAGUUUGUAAUUGAAAGCCUUUCUUCAGGAGCAUCUCAACUCUAAACCAACUCUAACUCAACUAACUCUAAACCAACUCUAACCCAAGAAAACGUGAUAUGGCCUGAGCCUUGAUUAUACCUCCAGGCUCGUUGCUAGGUAGCUCACUUGAUUGAGCUCUCGAGGGGGUGGAAGAGUUCCAUAUAAAAAUGCUCUUCGUAAAAUUGAAAUUUAACCCCUAAGGGAAACUUACCUAAAUAAGAUUUUCGAACAUAACGGGGCCCAUAAGUUGACAUACAAAGAACAUGAAUGUCAAACAUCGAAACUGUGGGUCCAACCAUAAUAAUUGAACAAGUUUAUUCGUAAAAGUGAAAAAAAAAAACAAGACAAAACAAAAAAAAAGCAAAAGAAAAACAAAAUGAAACAAAAGCAAUAAGUCAAUGUCUUAAAAGACAGAGAAUGUCUUGAACCUUGGAUUCGACACCAUUUUUUUCGGCUUGCUACUAAUACUGUUACUGCUUUCUAGUAACCUCCUCUCUUGAUUUCAUGCACUGUAGAUAAAAACGGGGGAAAGUCUAAAACACACAAUGCAAACUUAUUUUUUUGCAAUUAUUGGUCAUUAUGAUUUCAGACAUCAAUGAGUGUGAAGGAGGAACUCACAAUUGCAGUUCUAAUGCGGUUUGUAACAACACCAAAGGAUUCUAUAACUGCACAUGUAAACCAGGAUAUGAAGGGGACGGAAAUAAUUGCAAAGGUGAUAUUUUUAGUACUUUAGUCAUUUUGAAUGCCAUCGAAAGCAUUGUUGUUUUUAUUUUUUCCGUGAUAAGAUGCUCUCAGUUUAUAGCAAUUCGUGCUAGAUAGUAGACCAUAUUACCUCAAAAUUUUAAGUGGAAAGGUUAAUGCUUAGUACCUUGUAUUUUUAAUGUUUUGUCUCAACGUGGCCAGCAUCAGAAACUUUGCUUUUUUGUUUUGUCUCAGUCCCCAUGCAUUUCUUUUACAACUUUCUCCUCAGUGCCGGUCUCACUUUUUAGGAAGCUGAGAAGAAUUCACUCUGCAAACUAAGCUUAAUCUCCAUUGUUCUAUAUGAUUUCAGACAUCAAUGAGUGUGAAGGAGGAACUCACAAUUGCAGUUCUAAUGCGGUUUGUAACAACACCAAAGGAUUCUAUAACUGCACAUGUAAACCAGGAUAUGAAGGGGACGGAUAUAAUUGCACAGGUAUUUUUUUUCGAAAUGUAGUCAUUUUGCAUGCCAUCAAAAGCAUUGCUGUUUUUAUUUUUCCAUGAUAAGAGGCUCUUUAUAACAAUUCUUUGCUAGAUAGUAGACCAUAUUACCUUAAGUGGAAAGGUUAAUGCUUAGUACCUUGUAUUUUUAAUGUAAAGCAAAUUUGGAAGUAAUGACCUACUUUGGAAAUGACGCAAUACAAUCUUAACGUUAUACUAACAAUUAUUGGUCAUAAGUAAAAAAAAAGAAUGAAAUUUCAGGUCACGAUCAUGGUAUCUUAGGAGACAAAUUCUUACGCUUAGUGAAGAAAAUGGAGGGUUAUCCAAAAAUCGGUUGCGGGUCUAUAACAAACAGAUAAGACGAUGCAGGGACAAAGAAUAUUUUACCUCCAGAAUAAGUAGAUUUUAAUUUUUCAGUGAUUGAGCAUUCACUUAUUUACAUGUAAUUUAAAACCUAUUUCAGAUAUCGAUGAGUGUCUAGUAGAUACACACCACAAUUGCAGUUCUGAUGCAUUUUGUAAUAACACCCACGGAUCCUUCAAUUGCACUUGUAAACCGGGGCUUCUGGAAACUAAAUACCUCAUUCCUAAAGGACGAAGAAUAUAUAAAGAAAAUACAAUCCAUUAUAACUCAAACUAAAGAUGAAUAUGCACUGGAUAAUACUGUCGAUCCAAACUUACUGCGGGAAAUGAUAAAAAUGAAAAUUAGAGAGACAUCAAUUGAGUUUGGCAGAAUAAAUAAGAGAAAAAUGUUUCAAAAACAAGAUGAUAUAGAAAAGACAAUCAAAAUCCUGGAGGAGCAGACCGCCAACAUUGAUGCCACUGACUGCCAAAAUGUAUGGUCAGAGUUAGAAAAGAAAAGACGGGAACUUGAAACCAUAAUCGAAUACCAGACAAAAGGGGCUAUUCUAAGAUCUAAAUCGCGAUGGUACAAUGAGGGCGAAAAAAACACUAAAUACUUUCUAAACUUAGAGAAGAGACACUGCAAACAAGGAACAAUUACCCAACUGAAAGUUAAUGACAAAGACUUAAUCCAAUCCGACAGGGAAAUCUUACACGAGUGCGAGACCUUUUAUAAAAAUCUCUACAGUUCAAAAGUACAAGUUAACGAUUACCCGGAAGUUUUCUUUCCACCUGCACGAGAAGUAUUAAGUGAAGAAAGAAAACAGCAUUGUGAGGGUCUUUUAACUUCUAAAGAGUGUUUGGAAGCAUUAAACGGUAUGGCCACGGAAAAAACACCUGGUACUGAUGGCCUGCCGUGUGAAUUUUAUAAAGUUUUCUGGAAAGACGUAGGCGAAACACUAACAGAGGCCCUAAACUUUUCUUACCAAACAGGAAAACUCGCUGUAUCACAAAGGCGAGGAAUUGUCAAGCUUAUACCGAAGAAGGACGCAGAUCCCAACCUGAUUAAAAACUGGCGCCCAUUGACACUAUUAAACUGCGAUUAUAAGAUUGCAUCAAAGGCUAUUGCAAAUCGAAUCAAAACAGUUUUACCGGAACUUAUAUCAGAAGAUCAGUCAGGCUUUAUUAAAAACAGAUGAAUAAGUGACAAUAUACGCACAUUAGAUAGUGCUAUUAAGUAUGCAGAAAACAAAGGUUUACGCGGUCUACUUCUUUUCCUCGAUUUUGAAAAAGCUUUUGACACGUUAGAGUGGUCAUUCAUAAACCAAACGUUACGGCACUUUGGGUUUGGCCCCUCACUGUUAGACUGGGUUGAACUAUUUUACUGCAAUACCGAAAGCUGUAUACUAAACAAUGGAUGGGCAAGCAAUUUCUUUGAGUUAAGUAGAGGUGUUAGACAAGGCUGCCCCCUAUUGCCUUACCUCUUCAUACUGUCCGUAGAAAUACUAGCUGAAGCUAUUCGCAAUAAGUAAGAAAUAAAGGGCAUCAAAAUCUAUAAUACCGAAGUUAAAGUAAGUCAAUAUGCGGAUGACACGACACUCAUUUUAGAUGGAACUGAAGAAUCAGUAAGAGCGUCACUGUCACUGAUAGAAACAUUUGGGAACAUAUCUGGCCUAAGGCUGAACAAUAAGAAAAUAGAGGCCUUGUGGACAGGUUCUAAAAGAAACUGCAACCUGAAACUCUGUCCGGAAAAAAAUUUUAAAUGGCAAAAGGGAAAGGUCAAAGCACUAGGCGUGUGGCUGUCUACAGAUCAACAGUUAACACUCUCUCUCAAUUACAACGAGAAAUUGGCAAAAAUCCAAACUAUCCUGGGAUGCUGGAAAUUUAGAAGACUUAGCUUAAUAGGGAAAAUAACAGUACUAAAAAGCCUUGUAGCAUCCCAAUUGGUCUAUAUACUCACACCUGAAGGAGGACUAAAAAUGAUUGAUAUUGCCUCUUUUAACAAAUCUCUCAAGGCUACGUGGAUUAAAAAGUAUCUAGAUUCAGGAAACCGUGGCAAAUGGAAAAACUUCUUUAAUCUGGCGCUGGGCAAAUACGGGGGAAGUCUUUUUUUCGAAUUAGGAAAUCUUAACAGAAAGGAUAUUGAUAAGCUAAAGAUAGAAGACCCUUUUAUCAAAGAAAUUGUAGAAAUUUGGUCUGACACUUUCUUCGAGAGGAAAAUAGUAUCAAAAGAUCAUUUUCUAUCUCUACCUCUGUUACAAAAUUCAUUAAUAAGAAUAAAUAACGCACCAGUUUUCUGCAAUAAUUGGCUUAACAAGGGUAUAACAAAAGUUAAACAUCUAAUGGACGAGGAUUCUCUCAACUUUUUUUCCCUCGACCAUUUUCAGAACAGAUAUAACAUUCGAGUAAAACCAUUAAUGUUUUUCGGAAUUGUCUCAGCCGUGAAAUCUUUACAACGACAAAUCCCGAGAACACAUCAGCAGUAUGAAAGUCCUCUUAACACAUUUCUCAAAGGCCAAAAAUCAUCUAGAAUUGCUUACAAGCAACUAAUAGCAAAUAAAAGUGAAAAACCCACAUCUUGUAUAGACAAAUGGCAUAAAGACAUCCACUCUUCAACCGAUAAAAAUGCUGACUGGAGAAACGUUUUUCAAGCAGCAAACACUUGUACAACGAGCUCAAAACUAAUUGAUUUUAAUUUCAGAUUUUUACACAGACGUUUACCAACUAACAGCUAUCUGCAAAAAAUAGGAGUUAAAGAGGACGGAAAAUGUACUUUUUGCCAUGACGAGAAAGAGGAUUUGGUGCAUCUAUUUUGGAAAUGCCAAAAAACCAAAAAUUUUUGGGAUAAUUUCUCGAUAUGGCUUCAGUCGUGCCAGAUCCUCCAACCAGGCAGUUACUUAGACAUGACUACCGCUUUGGGCCUAACGCCAGACAGCUCUUCCUUUAAGCUCCAUAUAAACUUCUGUUGUCUUAUAGCUAAGAACUUUAUCUGGAUAUGCAGAUCAAAAGAAUGUUUCCCAAUUCACAACAAUUUCUUGUUUUAUCUGAGACAUAUAUACCAAUUAGAAAAUAAGACACCGCGCAAUACAAAAAAAUGGAAACCUUUCUUUUCCUCGCUGGGUCUUGUCUCCUAACUCCAAAAACAUAAAUUAGUGCACCUACUAUGAGCAUUUAUAUUAUUUUCACCACAAAGAAAGAAAAAAAAAUGUAAAAAUUAAUUAUAGAUUAUACUAAGUACAGUAAUAUAUGGAAUUACCAUUGCUGUAACGUAUUUUAAUAUUUGUGAGUAUAUCGCCAUGUAAGUGUGUAAAUUCGCUAUCUGUUUUUUUUUUUUUGUUACUUUAUUUGUUACUUUUUUUUUUUUUUUUUUUACUUUAUUCAUUCUGUUUAAUUUUUGUUUCUUUUCUGUGUGUGUAUUACUUGCAAUAAAAAAAAAAAUAAUAAAAAAAAAAACAUGUAAACCUGGAUUUACAGACGAUGGAGAAAACUGCACAGGUAGUAUUUUCAGUGGUUUGUCCGUUCUCGUAUGCCAGCAGAAACGUUAUCACUUGUCUUUAGUUAUCUCCUCCUGUUAUAACUUUCUUCUGAUAGCAAUGCAACCACAGGCGUGGAUGCAGGGGAGGUGGAUUGGAAGGCUAGCCCGCGUGGCAGAAAGUCGACUUACUUGUUUUUUAGAACAGUUUAAUUGGCACUUUUUCCGUUUUAUGCUUUAUAUCGUGUACAGCCAGGAAGAGAACAAGUUUCUUGUAUUGUAAUCAUUUCUAUAUUUUGUUGCGUUGUAAGAAUUUGCGGUGUUACAAGUUCCUGUUCAUCCUUCCUCAAUUGCAACGUUUUGGGGACGCCAUAGGACAAGUUACCGGUAUCACCCACUCCCUCUUAGUGCAUAAAAUCCUGGAUCUGCCCAACUGAACUAAUGCCCAGUGACGGGUACGAAGAACCACAUUCAGCGUAUUAAGCUAACUAUUUAUGGUGUUCAAUAAUGUAAUAUUACAGACAUCGACGAGUGUAAAGCAGACACUCGCAGUUGCGGUUCUGAUGCCAUUUGUAACAACACCCACGGAUCCUUCAAUUGCUCAUGUAAACCUGGAUAUAAAAGAGAUGGAAAAAACUGCACAGAUAAUUUUCAUUUUUGUGUCUGGUCUGCUCGCAUGGCAUCAAAAGCUUCUUGUGUUUGCUUAUUUGUUUGCUGUAUUCUCUUUUAUUUCCUUAACAACUUACUUCGGCUGUAGCUAUAAAAGAACGUCAGUGGGUUUACCGUUGUCUAGACAGCUGAUAGGAAUCCACCGUGCCAACUUAGUUUAUUGUCAUUGACGUUCAAUAUGAUGUCAGACAUCGAUGAGUGUAAAGGAGAAACCCAUAAUUGUAGUUCUAAUGCGGUUUGUAAUACCACCAAAGGAUCCUACAACUGCACAUGUAAGCCAGGAUAUGAAGGAGACGGAACUAGUUGCACAGGCAAUUUCUUUCAUAAAUUCGUCCUUUUUGCAGUUCAUCAAAAGCAUUGCCGUCUUUAUUUUUCUAUGAUAAGAUGCUCUUUAUAGCAAUUUGUUUUUGUAUUAGUAGUUUUUAUAGCAACUUUUUUUGUAUUAGUAGACCAUAUUACCUCAAAAUUCAAAGCGGAAAGUUCAUAACGCUUUUAGCGAAUUUUGAGAAUCGUAAACAAGUAGUCAACGUGAAGGGGGCAACAUCGUGUAGCAAGGACCUGCUGUGUGGCGUGCCCCAAGGAUCUGUGCUGGGGCCUAUAUUGCAUGUAUUGUACACGUCCCAGCUUGGCGACGUUAUCAGACGUCAUGGCCUAUCAUGUCAUUUCUACGCUGAUGACACCCAGCUUUACUGCUCGUUCAAGCUUCAUGAUCAAGCGGUUUCGGUGCAAGCAAUUGAGUCUUGUUUAAGGUGGCUGAACACAGUUUUGGCAGUUUGUGAGUUUAUGUCAUUUGCCAAAUCAUGGCAAGAGAAGGGUUGUAGCUCACAAGCUGAAACUUGGCAAGUGAAAAUAUAUUGAUGAAAAAUUUUGAUUGACCGGUAAAAUUUGACAUUUUCGUAGUUCUCAUGGCAACAUGAACGAUUGAACACAACCUUAAAAAAAUUUCACUUUUGCUCAGUUUGCAGAAAAUUCACUCCUUGGAUUUUCCUAUAAACUUGCACAUAGCUUACUAUAAUUUAUCAUUACCAUUUGAAACUUGUUUGACCAAAUUUUAACAGAGGGGUUUUAAGAUAAUCAAUGUUAUAAUUGUACUGUAAUUAUUAUGAAAUGUGUCACAAAAAUCGUCUGUUCAACUUCCAUUUUAAAGUUCUCAUUAUCUAAAAUACGAUAAAAGUAGACAUUCCUACAACUAUCACACAAUUUUAAUGAGUAGAUUUUGAGAAAUCGUCUUCUGUUUGCCAUUGCUUUUUAGCCGCCAUGUUUGUUUAUCUAAGUUAAAACACUCUCUGUCACGCGAGUUACCACUGACCACCCGCAAAACUGUGUUCAGGCACCUUAAAUGAUAUUGAUGCAUAGGUGCUUGCAAACAUGUUAAAGCUGAACAGGGAUAAAACUGAGCUCCUAGUGACAGGACCAAAGCACAAAGUCAACCCACCUAUUAAGGGUAUUCAUGUGGCUGGUGAAUACAUUGAAGUCUCUAAUAAUGCUAGAAAUAUAGGUGUAAAUUUUGAUUCCCAUGUCACCUUAGAGAAACAUGUUAUGAACACCUGCAAAACGGCCUUCUAUCAUUUACGAAAUAUAGCAAAGAUAAGAAACAGUCUCUCUCAGGAUAAUGCUGAGACACUUAUUCAUGCAUUUAUUUCAUCUAAGUUGGAUUUCUGUGAUGCUCUUCUAUAUGACUUACCUCAAUCGGUUAUUGAUAGGCUACAGUAUGUACAAAACUGCGCAGCUCGACUGGUGACUAGAACUCGAAGCUCAGAACAUAUAACAUCAGUUCUUCGUAGACUACACUGACUACCAGUCAGACAACGAAUUAGGUACAAAAUACUACUUCUUAAGCACAAAGCACUGAAUGGCAUGGCGCCAAAAUAUAUAGCAGAUCUCCUUCAGCCCUAUACUCCGACGAGGCAAUUACGAUCUUCUUCAAAAAAUCUGCUUGUAACACCAAAGUCUAAUCUCAAGUUUUACGGUGACAGAUCUUUUCAAGUUGCUGCGCCCAGGCUCUGGAACUCCCUAACCGAUGACAUAAGAUCAAUCCAGAACCUUGAUGUUUUUAAGAAUAAGAUUAAAACACUACUUUUUAGAGAGGCUUUGAUUAGUUAGUUGCCAACCUUUUUCUUUUAUUGUAUAUAUUUUCCUUAGUUAACCUUAGCAAGUCGAUUGUAUCUUAUUUUUUAGAAAUUUAUUUCUACAACUGUCACAUAUAUUCUCUGUAAUAAGUCAAAUAUUUUUUAUUUAUUUUGUUUUUUGAGAAUUACGAUUAUUGUAAAGCGCCAUUGAGCUCACGGAAAUGGCGCUAUAUUAAUUCUUGUAUUAUUAUUAUUAUUAUUAGUGUAUUGUAUUUUAGUGUUUUGUCUCCUAUCAAAGGCCGGUAUCAGAAACUUUGGUUUUUGUAUGUAUAUCUUUUACAACUUUCUUCUCAGUGCUAGCCUCACUGUUUAGAAAGAUAAAGAGGAAUUCACUCUGCAAACUAAGCUUAUAUUCAUUCUUCAAUAUGAUUUCAGACAUCAAUGAGUGUGAAGGAAUAACUCACAGUUGCAGUUCUAAUGCAGUUUGUAAUAACACCAAAGGAUCCUACAACUGCACAUGUAAACCUGGUUACAUGGGAGACGGAUGGAACUGCACAGGUGAUGAAUAUGCAAAUACAUAAAUGAGGUUUUGGUUAAUGGGGAAGCAUCUUGUCAAAGUUUUAUUCAUGAAAGCGUAAGCAAAGUUGGAGGUAAACCUACUUUUGAAAUGACGCAAUACCAUCGAAACCUUAUAUUUACAAUUAUUGUGAAAAAAGUAAAAAAAAGAAAAAAAAACUCAAAUUUCAGGUCCCGACUAUGGUAUUAUUGGAGACACAUUCAGACGGUUACUGAAUAUAAUAAAGGUUGUCCAAAAAUCGAUUGUGGGUCUAAAACAAACAAAUGCAACGGAAACGCAAAGUCAGGAACAACAAAGGAUCUUACAAUUGCAUUUGCAAGAAUGGAUAUUUUUUCCGCCCAGGUUAAAUAAAUUUUAGUUUUUCACCCACUGAGCUUUCCGUUGUUUAAUAUAAAACGUAUUUGAAAUAUCGAUGAGUGUGUGGCAGAUGCCCACAAUUGCAGUUCUGAUGCAUUUUGUAAUAACACCCUCGGAUCCUUCGCUUGCACGUGUAAACCUGGAUAUACAGGAGAUGGACAAAAAUGCACAGGUAAUAUUUAUCAGUGAAAAUUCUGUUCUCUUAUGGCAGCAGAAACUUCAUUGCUUAUUAUAGCAAUGCAACGACAAGGUGGAUCCAAGGGAUAUGGAUUGGGUGGGUAGCCACCCCUUUUCUGGCCUGCCUGCCUGCCUGAUAGCCGCGCGCCGGGAAGCGUGUAAGAAUUUGUGGUGUUACAGGUUCCUGUAUUCAUCUUCCCUCAACUGCAACGUUUUGGGAUUUCCAUAGGACUAAUUUAAUAAACUUGUUUCGUGACCGACAAGUAUCACCCACUCCUUCUUACACUGUACCUUGGAUCUGCCUCCCUGAGCGAACGCCCAGUGACGUGUAAGAGAAAUCACAUUGACUUGGAACAUGACGUCAUGACCCAAGUCAAAUUUAGAAGGAUUUGAAUGCAGCUGAAAAAACAUAACGGUGUUAAUAUCUUGUUCUUAACUUUAAGAAAAUACUGAUUAUUGGCAAAUAGCCCUUUCCAUCAGUUUUUUUACUCUCUCAAUAAACCCAUAAUUAGACAAAUUUAGUCUGAUGACAUUAUUACUCUAGGAAUCGGUGAAGUUUGUCAAUACUCGCAAUUUUUGAAGGGAAAAAAGGUGGUGGGCAAUUUCCCAUAGAAUGAAAGAGCCGUAAAAAUUUCUUGGAAAAGAAAAUGGGGCCAGAAGAAAGUUAGCUGCUUAGAUGGCAUAAAAUAUCGAAGAAAAAUGACUGAGUAAACAUUAAAUCUCACCAGUGUUAAAAAAAUAGUGGGUGUAAGAAGACCGAUUCUGCAACACGUUUAUGUAUACAUGUAUAAUAAAAAUAACCCUGAUGAAGGAUUACUGAUCAACAUUUACGCGGAUCAGCUGUGAUGCUAAUGUCUUAGUUAACACUUUCCCCUCUUUCAACAAACGUGAACGAGUGUACCACCAAUAAUGGUGGCUGCGAUCACAUCUGUAGCAAUACAAAAGGAAGUUAUGAGUGCGAGUGCCACGGUGGUUUCUUGCUUUCUAGUGACAAACACAGAUGCCAAGGUGAGUCAACAACAAUAAUACCUGGUGAAUCUAUAGCUCUUUGUAUCUCCUACAUCAAACAAUUGCUGAAGAACAAAAGAGUAUCAGUCUCGUAUGUGGUCCUAAAAACCUUCAGAAGCCUACUCUUGACUUCUUUUGAUCGCUUGAGAUGGUAGGGAAAAAUUCACUUUAAAAAGCGCUCGAGUAGGUCUUUACGUAAGCUAUGUUAUUGUACGAAACAUUCAAAAAGUCUUGGAAUCUCAUUCGAAAUAAAUGGCAUACAUACUGGACCGUUUAAUGGAAAAACAUGGAAGACUAUAGAAAUGAUCGUGAUAGACGAGCUAAUCCAGGCAGUUAUAAUGACCAAGAGUGUGACUAAAGGAAAAGAUUUUCUCGCCUUAUACCCUCUAGAAUUGAUGUAUGUCAAUUCUCUUUUUAAUUAAGUAAACAAUACCACCAAUCAUUCAUGAGAAACAAAUAGUUGGUAAUUAUCCUGCAAAAAGUAAUCCAUUCAUCACGGGGCAGACCGCGGUCACAAGGACAUAAGGCUCUUUCCCGUACAAACACGUGACAGUGUAGAAAACCAAGUACCAUGGGUAAAAAGGAGUUACAUGCAAAGACUGUCUUUCUUUGAACUCCUACCUGUAGAGCAAACACCAGAGUUCAAGUAGUCUCUAAUUCUUCCCAAGCAAAAUUACCUAAUAAUAAUUUGCCUGUCCACCUACACCACCUUUAUUUUAAAGCGAAGCACCGUGAGUAAGAAAAUUUGGUAACCUAUGCAUCUGAGAAAUUUUGGUAGCCACGUGACCGUACGCCCUUCCGCCCGGCCGACCGUUCGUCCGUCCAUGCCACAGACAUACCAAUGUAAGAUAGAGAGAUUAAGAUUCACGUUUACCGUAAACGGCAAACGCCAGACUCUAGUUGAGAAUUUCUCAGAAUAGAAAAUAAGCAGAUAAAAACAGUCGAGAACGCUUCGUUUGGUUAAAACUGGCAUAAAACCACUUAUUUUUGUGUAGAAGCAAUAAAACGUAAUCGGAAAAUAAGGGGAAAGCUUGUUCAAGUGAUAUAGCCGCCCGCGUCUUGUGAAGCAGAGACAACUAAAGAGUCAAUAAAGACGAAAACGGAAAGCAGAAAUUGUUUCUGCAUCCAUGUUGUCUAAUUAAGCUUAGAUUAAUUGUCAUUUCCACAAAUUUGGAAUACAGAGAAGGAGAGAGACAGAGAAAAAGAGAAAGUAGGCGAAAGGCCAGCGAAGUAUAGCGACAGACUGCUAGAGAGAGAGAGAAAAGACAAAAAAGACAUUUUUUUGUUGGAAGAACAGCAUGAAAGUUUUGUAGCGGCGGUGGAAAAAUAAGAAAUCCUAGCGGCCACCAAGGUGAAAAUGAGUGGCAGUGAAAAAAAAAUGAACAAGAACACGUACGACAAACCUCCAUAAAACGUGUAACCCGGAAGUUUCUGGAAGUUUCACGUUUUAGUCGUACAAAACAACGGCAAAGAAAUGUACAAAAAAGUGUGCUGCCGUGCAAAGUUGCUUUUUUGCCAGUUAGACCUAUUGCUGUUUUUUCACCGUUCUCAUUUCCUUCGCCGCUUAGCAUUACAAGAUUAUAUGUUUUGUUUGAGCAAACUAUAAAUAUUAUCGAGAGCUUCGCUUUUAGCCCAGUCUCGAAAUAUAAUUUUAUGCCAUGAAGGCCGUUAAGAUACGAUAUAUAUUCCUCGGUGGCAGCCAAUUUACACGUUAUAGCUUAUCGGUUUUGUCUCUCUGGCUGAAGGAAAGGCCAAAAUGAAAAUCAGGCCGUGUUUACUUUACAAAUCUGGUAGCGCGUAAACCAGCCUUUUGAUAUCACCUCUGAGGUAAACAAAACUAUCAGGCGUUGUUUAUUUAUCGUUCAGGCUUCGGACACAGAUUAUGUCAUGGUUGGCCCUAUUUUACUUAUAACUCUGCAGUUUUUCACAGAAUAAUCUUACAAGACAAAUUGCUGACUCAUUUAAUAUUCAGGACGAUCGAAGCACACGCUUCCCUUGCACAACAAAUUAUAAAAUGACAACAACAUAAAACGUUUUUGAAUGAACAGUACCCGGUAAUAGAGUUACUCUUCUCUAUUUUAUUGACCAAGACAUGUAUUGAGUGUGACGUGUCCCUGAAAAUCGUGAGUCAUGAAUAAAACCUUGCAGAUUUAAAGACACUUUGCCACUUUCCACAAUGCAUUGCGGUCGUUUUAGAAUUUUGUGGUUGACGAAAAUCUUCAGCCAUAGCGAAGGCAGAACAAAUACAUCAAUAAUCCGUCUCCAUCGCCCAGUUUGAGUAUAAUUUUGGCCACUUUUUAAAAAAUAUAUUUGUGUUCGCGAGCGGCGCCCCAUUCCUUAGAAAAUUUGGUAAUCCAUCCAUCCGAAAAAUCACGUGACCGUAGGUCCGCCCACCGACCGUCCGUCCGCACCACGGGCGUACCAAUGUAAAAUAACUUAAUUAAAUUAACAGGUAAGACACCACAGGCAAGUCUAGGUGUUUUUGGCGGAAAUCGCGGGAAAUUGUGGGAUGAGAAAGGAAUGGUAAAAGUGACUGAACAGAGGCUUGCAGACCAGGCCCGUACUAUCUUGAAAAGUAAAUGGUUCAAAGCUGUGGAGCUAGAAGAGAUCAAGAGGAACAAGCAUGGAAACUGUGAUGAACAAAAUGGGACAGUUGUUGUAGAGGAAGCUAACGAUGGUAACGAGCAUGAAUUACCUGCCGAGAAUGUAAAGGAGGUACAGAGUGAAGGGUGUGAUGAAGCACCUCGGCAAUUGUCUGAAGACCAACUGGUAAUUUGGAAAAGACUGAAUGAAAUCAGAUUGAGUCAGGACCAAGACAAAGUACCAGCUUUGAAGAAAAUUGCAAAGCGAAGGAUAAGAGAGGAACUCCAGGUUGUAGAAGAAGUAGCGGCCCAAAUACAAACAAACGACAUCUCGGAAACCAACAGGGUACUGCAUGCCACUGCAGUAGUAGUAACGGAAAGACUGGGUCUCAAACCUGGCAAGAAGAAAGCAACCAAAGAACCAUGGUGGAAAAGACGGUUACAAGGACAGGUGGAUCAGCUGCGAAAAAACCUUAGCCUGUAGAAAUGAGUGCAGUAGGCCGAGAAUCAGGAUUCAGUUGUGGAGAAAGUACAAAAUAGAAACCAAGGGGGUCGCAGUUGUGAUUGAAGAACUGAAACAGCGCAUCAGUGCAAAAGCUCAUAAAAUCAAGCGAUACAAUGACCGAAUUUUGCAAUACCAGCAGAACCGGUUAUUUGAGGUUAAUCAGAGGCAGUUUUACAAAGAACUUGAUGGCUCACAGGGAAGUGACCAACCGACUCCUGAUGCUAAUGAAGCCAGAGAGUUUUGGAGUAAUAUUUGGAACCGGCCAGUGAAACACAGAAGAGAUGCUGGUUUUGUUAAAUGACCUAAAGGGAAAGACCGAGGUAGAACAACAAGAUGAUCUGACCAUUGAUAUUGAUAAGCUACGAGCAAUUUUAAGGAAGAUCCCAAACUGGAAGGCUCCCGGCCCCGAUAACGUACAAGGAUUCUGGUAGAGCAUGAAGAAACUACAUGAACGGAUGGCGUUGCAGCUGCAAGAAUGCCUUGAUGGCAGAGGCAUUCCUGAAUGGAUGACAAAGGGACGAACUGUUCUGCUGAUCAAAGACAAGGUGAAAGGGAAUGCUGUGGGAAACUAUAGGCCAAUAACAUGUUUACCAAUAAUGUGGAAGGUACUCACGGGGAUCAUAGCAGAGGAUUUGUACCAACAUCUCCACCAGAGCUCAUUGUUACCAGAUGAGCAGAAAGGUUGCGGAAAGGAGAGCAGAGGAACAAAGGACCAACUGGUUAUAGAUAGGGCAAUACUUCGUGACUGCAAGCAGACGAAAACCAACUUAGCAAUAGCUUGGAUCGAUUAUAAGAAGGCGUAUGAUUCUGUUCCCCAUUCCUGGAUAUUAGAAUCACUUGAUCUUGUAGGGGCUGCAGAUAAUAUCAAGCGGCUAAUGAGGGAAAGCAUGGAGUCCCGGAAAACACAACUAACAGCAUGUGGUAAGGACCUUGGUGAAGUGUCCAUCAGGAGAGGAAUAUUCCAGGGGGAUUCCUUUUCCCCUUUGUUAUUUGUGAUUGCAAUGCUACCUCUCAGCAGUGUACUGAACGAAACAGCAACAGGCUACCAACUCAGUAAGGAAGAGGGCAAGAUAACCCAUUUAUUGUUUAUGGACGACCUGAAAUUAUAUGGAAGAAAUGAGAAAGAAAUUAACUCACUUGUACAUACUGUCCGGGUGUUCAGCAGUGACAUUGGUAUGGAUUUUGGAAUCGAGAAGUGCGCAACGAUGGUAAUGAAAAGAGGCAAGCUGGAUAAGUCAGAGGGCAUAAGAUUGCCUGAUGGAAGAAUUAUCCGAGGUAUUGGAGAUGAUGUUGAAGGUUAUAAAUAUCUGGGGGUGUUAGAGGGGGGAGUACAUUAGGAGAGUGAAGAAAACUUUGUCCUCAAAGCUAAAUGCUGGUAAUGUCAUAAAGGCUAUUAACAGCUGGGCUGUAUCUCUACUUCGGUACAGUGGGGGGAUUGUAAAUUGGACAAAGAGUGAGCUUGCUGAAUUGGAUCGGAAGACCAGGAAACUAUUAACCAUCCAUGGCGCUCUUCACCCCAGGUCCAAUGUAAGCCGCUUGUACCUACCAAGAAGAGAAGGAGGGGGUGGACUAAUUAGUGUUGAGGAUGCCAUUAAUAUUGAAGAAAGAAAUAUCAAUGUCUACGUCUGCCAGAGCCAGGAACGGUUGUUGAAAGCUGCAUGGAAGAGGAAGAAUGCCAAUAAAAUUGAAACGCCAAAGGAAUAUAAGGAAAAGAUGAAGAGGAAAAGAACUGAGGACUGGUCUGGAAAACAGCUGCAUGGGUAGUUCAAGAGAGAGACAGAUGACCUAUCUGGUGUGUCUUGGGAGUGGAUAAGAACUGGUGAACUGAAGAAGGAGACAGAAGGGCUUAUUUUUGCCGCGCAAGAUCAGGCACUAAGAACAAACGCCGUAAAAGCCAGAAUCGAAAACCAAAACGUAUCAUCCAAAUGCAGAAUGUGUGGUAGCCACGAUGAAACUGUGCAGCAUAUUUUGUGUAGUUGCCCCAAGCUUGCGCAGACAGAAUAUAAAAAGAGGCAUGAUGUUGUUGGGCGGGUCAUUCAUUGCGAGGUGUGCAAGGAAUAUGGAGUGGAGUGCAGUGACAAAUGGUAUGAGCAUUCCCCCAAAAGCGUAGAAGAGAAUGAGGAGGUUAAACUGUUGUGGGACUCUACCAUCCAAACAGACCGUGAAAUCCAUCACAGGAGGUCAGACAUUGUAAUUCAGAAAAAGAAGCAAAGGAAACAAUCAUUGUGGACAUAGCUGUUCCCGGAGAUAGUAAUAUACUGCAGAAAGAAACUGAAAAGUGUGAAAAGUACCAAGACCUGGCAAGAGAGAUUCAAAGGAUCUGGAAAUCAAGGACAAAAGUGGUGCCAGUGGUUGUAGGUGCAUUGGGUUGAGUGUCAAAGAAGCUGGCAGGCCACUUGGAGCAACUAGGAAUUAAAAACUGAACAAGAACGAUGCAAAAGUCGGCACUCCUCGGAUCGGCACAUAUCCUCAGAAAGGUGCUGGAGGUCUCGGGAUGAGACUUGACUGGAUAUUUCUCCCCAGGGAAAAUCCCUGUCCUAAAUUUUACAUAAUAAUAAUAAUAACAUAGUUAACCAGGGUAAACCUGUCAGCAGAAGCUGUUAUAAAUGGGUGCCCUGGGCAACGUAAAAUAACAACUAAAGGAAAAAAUAGCUAUUGUAACAAAUCAACUAUCAGAAAAUGAAAAAACAAUGUACAAUGGCGAUGGAUAAAAACUGAGAAUUAUAUAACUACGUAAAUUAAGACCUUCAAAAAACUCUAAAAGAUUUACCAGAACUCUAAAUAAUAUAUCAUUAAGAGGCUGUGUUUUAAAAAUCUCUAUAGAGUCAACUUCCUUUAGGGGCGGUGGCAAGUUAUUGAAAGCCUGGGCUCAAGUAUAGAACUUUCCCUUCUUGGCAGAUUCUGUACGGACUUUAGGAAUUAAAAUAUCUAAAAAAUUACGCCCAGUGGAAUAAAUAUGUAAAGACUUGAUAAAAUAACUCUUAAAAAGAUCUAGAGCAAUGUUACUGGAGACGUUUAAAAACGAAAGUUAAAUUGUGCGUAGUAAGACGCGCCCUUAGGGACUUCCAACUUAAUUGGCAUAACAGUUGAUGGUGACUAAGAUUGCUAUCCUUCAGAACAAUUCUUGCGGCCCUCGUUUGAAGUCGUUCUAAAGAUUUAUAUCUAGAAGGAGCUAAGUUGUUCCAAACAAAAUCGCAAUAAUAUAACUUGGAAAGUAUCAUGGUUGUAAAGACUCUUUCAGCUGCGUAGGCCGUUACGUACCCUACUUACCAAACUAAGUUGACUAGAUAUCUUGUUAUUCAGCCGCGUAACAUGUUCCUUAAAUGACGGGGACUGGUCUAGGUAUAUCCCUAAAUACUUAUAAAAAGGUGCACGAUUUAGAACUCAACCUCCGAGGUAAGCUUAACUUAGAUUAACAGAGUCAAACUGAUUAAGUUUCAUAGAAUUUUCAAAGAUCACAUAUUCAGUUUUCUUAAGAUGAAUAAAUAGAUCAGUCUUGUUAGACCAAUCCAAAAGGAACUCACCGCGUCCUUCAACACUUGCAAUAGGUGGUUAGCAUCUGAGGCAGCAUAAUAGAUGGCUGUAUAAUCUGCUACCCCUGCUGGAUACUCCCUAUGAUGGCCUAUACGCGGAGGCUCCAUCCUGACAGGGGCAUCUUUUCCAGGCUUCAGGUAUAUGAAAGAGUAGGGAUUUUUCUCAGUUUAAUUAUAUAAAAGGGUAGGGAAAUCUGUCAUUUGAGUCUGUGAAAGGGCCCAAAACGGUUAACAGAUGAAUUUUAUGGCUUUAUAAAGUCGAGAAAACGUUGUAUUUUUGUGAUUGAUUCCUAUUUAAAAGACAGUGCAUUUACAGUAGUUAAAAGGGAUGCAAAAUUCUAAACAAGGUAUGUGAAAGGGAUACCAUUUGUCAAUAGGAGGUCUAAGAAAGGGGUACCUUUUUCACGAAAAAUGGUAUAUAAAAGGGUAAGGGGUUGGACCUAAGGGCGGAGCCUCCCCGCAUAAACAUUUGUUGAGUACCCCUCCCCGGGCUACGUACAUUAACAUAUUAGAAGCUUGCAAACAGUUCGGUAGGUCUGUGCAAUACAAUAAAAAUAGCAACGGACCCAGUAUAGAACCUUGCAGAACUCCAGAAACAACUUGUUAAGGACUGGACAGAACACCUCCCACGAAAACAGAUUGGGUACGUUCAGUGAGGUAAUCAGUCAUACAAAGAUGUUCACUACCCCAAAUCCCAAACAACUGCAGCUUAUCAAGUAAGAUAUUGUGGUCAAUAAUUUCAAAUGCCUUACGGAAGUCCACAAAGAUGGCACCUGUUAGGAGUCCAGCAUCCAUGUCUCUCCUAACGGAGUCAGUAAGCAAAGUAAUAGCUGACUGUAUAGAGUACUUACGACGGAAUCUGCAUUUGUGUCUUGAAAACUGGUCACGUGACUCCAGAUAAUCUACAAGUUGUUGUUGAACAAUAUCAUCCCUCGUGCCAUCUUUGUAAAGUGGGAUUACCUUAGCAUGUUUACAAUCAUGGGGUAUACCUUGGGUUGAAUAUGCUGUUAGUUACAGCACUAUCCUUUUGCAAACUGGUCGGGAGGCCAUGAAGACCUUGUUGCCUUUCAUGCCUUUGACUGUACCAAGUGUAUGUAAAUGAGGCCAUUAGUUACUUGUGCCAAGUGAAAUUUAUCAUCAGUAAAUUUGGAACAAAACGAAGUAGCAACGGAGCAGCGGAGUUCUCUGGAAUUGAUUGGAGAGUCGCAAUUUAGUCUCCGAGAAGUAUUUACAAAAGCAAUCGGCGGUAUUUUCUUUCUUUAUCUGUGAUCAACUCUCCAUCGAACUUCAGUUGGUUUAAUGUUCCGGAACUUGACGAUUUAUUUUGGUAGAGUUUCGUCAUAGUCUUCCAAAAGUUGCGCGGAUCGUCGAGAUUUUCUUCAAUUAAGUUUUGAUUUUAAUCAGACUUGGCAUUCCUUUUAGCAGCAGUGACUUGAUUUCUAUGUGAUCAAUAAGAAGCCCAAUCUCGUCUUUUCCAGAUCUCUUUCCUUUUCUUAAGUAGAAAUCUCUAGUUUUCAUUAAGUUAGAAAUCGCAGAGGUCAUCUAUAGAUUUUGGCGACCAAGUACUUUUUAAGUAAGCAACAGUGCGUGCCGAUCACAGAUAUCAAGAAAAAUGUUUUUGAAGCCGUUCCAUGCAGAAUGUACAUCAGAACUUUUCAACACUGAAUCCCACGAGACCAUCUUGAUGUCUUUUUUAAAAACGUCUUUGUUUCUUGGUGAAGCUGUAGCAUUUAAUAGUUCGUGCUUGAAGCGUAAGUGAGUUCAUUUUUUGAACUUAUCCGACAAUAACAUGAUCACUUAUGCCCAGUUGAAUAACUUUCGUUAGAAAAAUAUUGUGUGGGUGUGUCGAAAGUAUGACGUCAAUAAAUGUGCUCCUGCUUUUAGUGAUCGCUAGUGGGUUCAUUGAUUAGCUGUGACAUGCCAAAACCUUUUAAAGUGUCCUUUAACUCUCUCGAGACUCCAUCGGUCCUUUUUCUAGGUACAAAAUUUGCAUUCAGAUCACUAACCAGAAAAAUUUGUUCUGCACUGAUAAAUUGCAAACCAACCGGCGGAUAAUACAGUGCCAGAUGAAAUAUUUGUUGACUUUGUGAUGAGAAUCUCCAACCAAAUCCCCUCAACAGAUUUUGAAUCCAAAUCCUAGCCUAUAGAUAUACCGACAAACAAUCGCGAACGUAAACAGCGUAUCGUCCUUAAGAUUCCUUCAUUUUGAAGGAAGCCUUAAUGGAGACUGGAGGUACCUUUUUCGAGAGAGUGCUUAACAGAAAUGAGUCUCACUAAUAAGGAACUCUCUCUCUCUCUCUUUGAGCAGGAUACCUCUCAAACAACAUUAGUGGUAUACCGUCUGAGCACGGGGCGUCUAAAGCCGUUGCCGGCUUACCGACCAAUAGCGCUUGACAACCGACAAUAACUUCUAUAGGGGGCCAUUUUCCCUGUUAUGCUUUUAUGCGCCUCAUGUUGAAUCUAAACAGGAGUCUCUUAUGUUGAAUCUAAACAAUGAGUCUCUUGAUCUAAAUGAAAACUUGUUUCUCCCUAUUUUUCUAGAAGCAGAAUCCUGUAAUAAAUUGCUACAAUCAAAUCCACAGACAACUAAUGGCACUUACCAAAUAGCUGUUGGCUCCGAAAUAUUCUUGGUAAGUGAUUUUUUUAAGGUUUUCGACUCAGUAACCAUUCCAUAAACAAAAGGUAGCUGAAAGGCCAAUACGAGAGAACUUGCCCAACUAAAGUACUGCCAGGAGUCAGAGAUUACGGGGUAGUCACUGCCAGAAAGUGUUACCUUCCCUGUGGUUCCUUUCCGAUACUCGAGAGUUUAAGAUCAUGGAGUGAAAGCACAAUGAGGUGGGGCCUUGAUUUCACCUGCGAAAACAGCCGUCUCUCCUCCUUCCUCGCCGCUAGCCGAGGCGUUUCGCUGGGAGGGACGUCUGCGCCUCAGCGACAGAAAUUCCACACUGAUGACAUAAAAUUUUUCCGGAAUCUGGUCAGGAGCUCUGAUUGGUCGACGUAUUAGUCAAGCUGUUUGAGCUCUUGUUUACGAAAGACAUGCAGACAACAGAUAAAUGGUAACAAAUUAAAGGUGAAAUGAAAACGCGAUGAAUCUAGUACAAAACAGUCGAACUUCGUGGAAUAUAUUCUUCUUUAGAAGAAGCAUUUGAGUUUUGUUGGAGCGGCGUUCGCCGAAGAACACAACAAUUUACCAUAACUGAUCAAGAGAGACAUAAAAUCGAAGAAUUUUAAUUUGGAACCCCAUGACUAUCGGAUUUAGUACGUAAACAUUAGGGCCAUUUAUACGAGGAAAAAUAAGACGCGUCUUACAUAAGACGCGUGUUAAAGAAGACGCGAACUGUACCAUUUAUACGAGCAUGUCUUAUCUAAGACAAGAACAGCUCGUAUAAAUGGUUCGCAUCUUAUUUCUGUUCUUGACUCGUUUUCAUGUGAAUGUUGCCCGUAACAACGGCAAUCCAACGUGGCGCGCCAAAAAUUUACGCAUGCGUACUAUGCGACAGCGUUCGCGUCUUAUGUAAGACGCGAAGGUCAUUUAUACAAAGAUUUUCUCGUCUUAGCUAAGACGCGUCUUAUCGAAGAACGGGUGUUAAGGGCUGUUCUAAAAUAAGACGCGUCUUAGCUAAGCCGCGUCUUAUUUUAGACGAAAUGUGCCGUUUAUACGGAAAGUUCGCGUCUUAUGUAAGACGCGUCUUAUUUUUCCUCGUAUAAAUGGCCCUAUUUAUACGAAUUUUUCCUUGUCUUAGCUAAGACGCGUCCUAUCUAAGAACAGGUGUUAAGGGCUGUUCUAAAAUAAGACGCGUCUUAUUUUAGACGAAAUGUGCCGUUUAUACGGAAAGUUCAGGACGCGUCUAAUGUAAGACGCGUCUUAUUUUUCCUCGUAUAAAUGGCCCUAUUGAAUUACAUCAUGAGUAUGGAAUUUCUGUAGCUGAGACGCAGGCGUCCCUUCUGGCGAAACGUCCCUUGUGGCGAGGAGCGAAGAAAGGCGGCUGUUUUUGGAGGCUACUCCUGAGAGGACUGAAGGCUUAACCACUUACAGAUGCGACAGAAAGGUAAUACCUUCUCCUCAGUUAUUUUCAGACGCUAAGUGUUUGUCCAGCCGCAAAUUGAACCAUGGUCUACCACUCCAAAAUCUGGUACCCAUCUGGUAGCUAUACUGUGAUAAUGAAUUUGAGAACGGAGUACAAUAGGCCGUUCACUGAAUCCAAAAUACAACUAACAUAAUUUAUCUUAUCACAGGGAACCGAAUAAAUCUGGAAAAUAUCCCCCGAUAACUAUCUUUGAAGACAAUAUUAAAGUGUUUGUAGUAUUUACCUGGUAAUUAUUAACGAGAAAUAGUUAAGAAUGAACUAAAAACAGUCUAAAACAUACAAAUAUAAAUCAGCGACUCAUUAAUACGAAGAGCAAUACUCAGUGCGAGUAAUUAGAUUAGUAUUUUUAUGAAUUUAUAUCGAACGAUGUAUCUAUCUAUCUAUCUAUCUAUCUAUCUAUCCCUAUGAUGGCCUUUAAGGGGAGGCUCCGCCCAUAAGCAGGUAAGGGGUCACUGUUUUCAGGCUUCAGCCACAUUAAUUUUGAGUGAGAAAUUAGGCCUAGGCCAAACGUCGAACUUUUCAUGAGACGAACGAAGUAGUUUCUAAUUUGGGUCAACCUAAAUUAAUUUAAGAUCUUUUGUCGGGUCAGACGUCGAUGUUGUUGUCAGUUCGCGGCUCUCGUGAACUCGUUACUCAGAUUUCAGUUUUCUAACAAUUCAACUUAUUCACGCGACGAACUCGGGCUCGCUCCUUUUUCGCUUCAACAUACGUUACAAGCAUUUAAAUAGGUAGAUUGAUUGGAUGAAAAGAAAAGCCGAAUACCGCCAUGAAAAAUUCGCUCAAAGAUUAAAAGAUCUCGAAAAACAUCUCCUUACAUUAACUGAAUUGUCCCUCCAUUUUCAGUUCGAUUCACGAAUCUUCACUUUUUGUCAACUGCUAGGAAAAACCGGCUAAAUCUCGCGCUUGCUUGUAAACCUACCCCAAAGGGUAUGCUUGAAAAUUCUUAUAUCACUUGUCUCACUGCAGUUAAAUGGGAUGCUUAUGAUGUGUAAAAUACAGUGGGCAAAGCAACACGAUGUCAUCCGGACGUCGAACUCACCACGGUUUCAUCUCGGUAACCGGGCUGAAACGUUCAUAGGGCAAAAUUUCCCAGCCCGCAUACCGAGAUCCCGGGUAACGAGCCUGCCCGCACUCUCAUGUGAACUCAUCAAAAAUUUUAUUAACAAAGUAUUUAAGGCCUCUUCGCAUGAGCCCAGUUAACUAGGCUGGCCCUCUUAUCGGGACAAAUUUCACCUUGGGUUCAUAUGAGAAAUUUCAGCCCGGUUGCCGAAAUGAGAAAAGGCCGAAGACGAGUUGUGGCGCGAAAUUCGUGAAACAAAGCAAACAUGGCGAAACACAAAGUUAUAGCUUUCGCGCCUAUCGUAGCUUUGGCAACUCUUAUAGUUGUAUGACUGCCGUUAAAUGGUAUGCUUGUGAUGUGGAAAAUACAGCAGGCAAAGCAAGACGAUGCAGAAUUCAUUCGAAUAAUUCAUCCCGCUUUCAUCCCGGCCGGAGAACCGGGCUAAAAUGUUCAGCCCGCUUACCAAGAUCCCGGAUAGAAAAACCGAGAUCUCGAGAACCGAGCCAGCUCACCCUCUCAUAUGAACACAACGAAAAUUUUGCAAAGGAUUCAGACUAAAGCGAGAUCUCGGAAAGCGGGACAGUCCGGUCAACUAGGCUCAUGAUAUAUGAGGAAGCCCUUAUAGAGGCAAAGCGAGAUCUUGGAAACCGGGCUCAUAUGAAGAGGCCCUUAGCCUUUAAUAUCAGUCGUGGUUGAACUUUUUCUUUAUCAGGAGCAUGUUUAAAUAAACAUAAAAUAACCAGAUUUUUGGCUCACUGGGACCUUAUCUAACACUGAAAUAUACCAAAAAGAAGAAUGGAAUAACAUCAGUUUAAAAUAGUAAAUAGAAAUACGUCUUAAAAGCUGCCAUUUUUAUUUUGCUUUAAUUUGAAAGGUAUAUUGCCUUAUGAAAGAGGGCCAAGGUUGGACUCUCAUUGCUCGUGUCUCAAACAUUGACGAACAACACUGGAAGGGGAGCAGCAACUGGUGGAAUGACGAAAAAAAAGGUAAAGGAGAAACAACUGAUCCAAUUGACGGCGAGGACAUGAUCUCUCCUGCGUUCUGGCUGGUCGGCGGCAAAGAGUUUAUGAUUACACGUAGUGAUGACCCUUACACUGCCCUGUUACAGACAACAGAUGACUGCCUGGAUGAGCAGACAUUUAGAGAUAGAAUCCACACGAGAUAUGGUGGCCAUCAUAGCGGAGAUUUCAUAGAUAAUCAGUGUGUGAGUAGUUGCAACGUUAUUUAUGGAGGCCAGAACAGUGAGACUGACGGAUUUGAGCAGGCAAAUAAAAACGGAUGCUCACCGGCUAGCCUUCAGACUGACAAUAAAAUCGGGUUUUGGUGCAAACAUGUACAUGAAAAAUCUGGAACUGGCGGUAAGCAUUCUAACCAGGCUGUGAUGAUGAUCGGCGCAGGAGGUGAUGGAUGCUCAGGAGCAGACCACGGGAUUGGAAUAAAACGUGAAAAUAAAAAGAAGGAUUUUGGUAACAAAGCAGACGAAUCACCCACUAAAUACUACUCUUUAAACUUGUGGGUACGCUGA